AUGCCUAGUUCCAAGGGAAACCCCACGGACCCUGAACUCCGCGAGAAGGUCAAGGAGGAGGUCAAGAAUAUGGAAAAGGGAGGCGGGAAGGGAUCCUGGUCGGCUUGGAAGGCCGGCGAAUUGGCCAAACGAUAUGAGGCGCAGGGUGGAGGGUAUGAGGAUACAGGGGAUAACAAGAAUAAGAGCAAGAAGGGGCCUCCGGAGAAGAAGUCUUCCGAGCAGGCUGGCGAGGCGUCCAACUUGUUUGACCCAUUCGAGCAGAAAGGUACAGGCUUGAUGGCCGUCUCCAGAAUGCUCUGGUACCAGUUUUAA